UUUAAGAGCAGGAGUGAGAUGAGAGAGCCCCUGAGCUUUAGGGAGUGUGACUAGUUCUCUACCUGCCCAGGUUUGCUUAGGGUGUGGCAGCUGCAGCUGCAGAUAAAGGCAGGACUCAGGCUUAGCAGCCUGCUUGCUCCCGGAACCUGGAACCUCACGCAGCCUGGGGAGCACGCAGACCCCUCCAGGCCAGUGCUCCGACAUGCAAGAGGUGGCCCUGAGCCUGCUUGUCCUCCUGGCAGGCCUGCCUGCCUUGGAUGCCAACGAUCCAGAAGAUAAAAACAGCCCUUUCUACUAUGACUGGCACAGCCUCCGGGUCAGCGGGCUCAUCUGCGCAGGCGUCCUGUGUGCCCUUGGCAUCAUUGUCCUCAUGAGUGGGAAAUGCAAAUGCAAGUUCAGUCAGAAGCCCCGCCGCCACCCCGGGGAUGCCCCACCUCUCAUCACAACAGGCUCUGCCCAUAACUGCUGAGGAUAGACAAGCUGAAAGCACACAGAGAGCCUCUCUCUGCACAGGAGCCUGAAUCCAGGACCCUCCCUUCCCUCCUUAGACGGCUUUACCAGGGCACCAUCUCAUCUCUCACUGGAGGGAUCUCUUUGUUGAAUUUUUACUAUAAAAUGAUCUUGCUCCUGCC